AUGAAGAUACACUCAAGGAAAUCUUGGUAUCUUUUAUUGCUCUUCUUCUUCUUCUUCUUCAUACGUGCGGGCCAUGUGUCGGCGACCACGUCCCGAAUUCUGAAAGGAGGAGUGAAACCCUUGUCGCAAUGGGAACUAGUCGGGCGCGCACCGCCGUAUGAGGUUCUAGAAAUAUCCAUCGGCCUCAAACAGCAUCGAUUUGAGGAAUUAGAGAAGCUCCUGGGACAAGCUUCCGACCCGUCCCAUUCCGACUAUGGCCAGUGGUUAUCUUCUGAACGGAUUCAGACACUUGUCAAGCCCGUUGAUGGCUCCCAUGAAACGCUUUUCAGCUGGUUAUCUACAUGCACGGUAGUAAAAACAUCAGCAAUCGAUAUUUCAGCAGCGGGUGACUGGAUAUACGUAUCGAUACCGGUGUAUAGCCUCGAGCGCCUCUUACAGGCAAAAUACUACGUAUACAAACAUGCCGAGCAUGGCGACACGGUUAUACGCACACUGGAGUGGUCGUUGCCACAAGACAUCGCAGACGUUGUCGAUGUGAUAGAACCCACAACUUCGUUUAUGCGACCCCAAGCUCAGCUAUUUUACAGAGCUCCAGAAACACCAUGGGAAGAUGAAGAUCGGAUGCCGACUUAUCAGGAGCUCGUCGAGGAAGACAUACUUGAACGGGGCAAGAUGGAGAUACCAGCGGCGGCUGAUCUACCGGCGAACCCUUCAGUUAUGCAAGCAUGCAACCGUGUAGCCAUAGCACCACUCUGCCUUCGCGUUCUCUACGGCACCAACGACUAUCACGUGCAUAACGACAAAAAGGCUGGAGUAGGAAUUGUCAAUUUCAUAGGCGAAAGCGCCAACCGCUCAGACGUGCGACUAUUCCUCGAAAAAUACCAUCCAGACGCAGCUGCCGGUGGAGCCGAUGAAGCUUUCAACGUCACUCUUAUCGCCGGAGCAGAAGAUCAGCAAUCGCCCAACACACCAGAGCAAAUGAAAGCACACAAAGGAUACGAAGGCGCUCUAGAUGCACAAACCGUGCUCGGUAUCAGCUGGCCACUUCCCCUGUCCCUUUACAACGUCGGCGGAAAACCACCGUUCAAGAUCGUGGGCAAUCAUACGAAGAAUAGUAACGAGCCCUAUCUCACAUGGCUACGGUAUAUGAAAACACUUGAUCGCGUACCCUCCGUAAUAUCGAUUUCCUACGCCGAAGACGAAAAGUCCGUACCCGUUGACUAUGCCCGUCGCGUCUGCGCGGAAUUCGCUCAACUAGGAGCGCGAGGUGUGACCGUGUUGGUAGCAAGUGGCGACUACGGCGUCGGCAGACAAGAUCAAUGUGGCAACGAAGACGGACAAGGCCAAAAAUUUGCACCAUCAUUCCCCGCUAGUUGUCCCUACGUUACCGCCGUCGGAGCCACACGCUUCCUCGAGCCAGAAAUCGUUGCCUUCGAUGCUCGCAACAACUUUUCCAGUGGCGGGGGGUUUAGUAACAUCUUCGCGCGACCGGCGUAUCAACGUGAUGCUGUAGAAGCGUAUCUUGAUCAGCUGGGUGAUACGUACGCUGGGUUUUACAAUCCGAAUGGUAGAGCGUUUCCGGAUCUCUCUGCUAUGGGUUAUCAUUACGCGGUGAUAUAUAAUGGGACCGCUCGUUUACAAGAUGGCACCAGCGCGUCCACACCAACCGUCGCAUCUAUCAUUGCCCUCGUGAACGACGCUUUAGAGGCUGAAGGACGCCCACCGUUAGGUUUUCUUAAUCCGUGGCUAUAUGCUGUUGGUCAUCGUGCAUUCACAGAUGUGACUUGGGGAUCAAAUCUGGGUUGCAAUUCGUCCGGUUUCCCAGCAUUGAAGGGCUGGGAUCCAACAACGGGUUUCGGUACGCCGUGGUUCCCUGCACUCAAGGCACUUGCUAUGAAAGCACGCUUUCGACUUGGAACUCCGUGGUAUUAUCUAGAGAACAUAUGA